ACAUCCCGGACGUGAUCAACGCCACGCUGGCCAUGGUCGUGAAGGUGGUGCACCGGAACUUCACGCCCGAGCUGCGGGACCCCGAGUCCGCGGCCUACAGGAACUUCUCCCAGCUCUUCGGGAGCCAGAUGGAUAAAGUUUUCUCGGGAGACGACCUUCGCGAGUACAAAAGGGUGAUCAUUAGACAGCUGCUCCGCGGCAGCAUCGCGGUGGAGAGCGACGUGGUCCUGCAGGCGCGCGCCACGGCGGAGUACGAGGCGCUGUUCGCGAACCUCUCGCGGGUCGUGGAAGCCAAGAUCAGGGCCGAGACGGCCCGGGCGGACGGCGACCCCUUCCUGUGCCAGACCUCCUUGCUGUGCUACAACGGAAACUUCACCAGCGUGGGGACCCGAACCCUCAGCUUCGACGCUGCCGAGUUCUGCUUCCGGAAGGCCGCCCGGGGCUUCGGCCAGUUCUUCCGGCCCGAGAUGCGGGAGGGGAGGCUGAUGUGCGCGAGCCCCUGCGCGCCGGACGCCAAGUCGCGGCUCGACUGCCACGGGGGCCAGUGCCAGCUGCAGCGCUCGGGCGCGCGCUGCGUGUGCCCGAACACGGACACGCACUGGUACUGGGGAGACGCCUGCGAGUCCAGGACGAGCAAGAGGCUGGUGUUCGGGCUGGUGGGCGCCGCGCUGGCCGCGCUGCUCCUGCUCGCCGUGGUCCUGGCCGUGCUCCUCGGCCGCUCGCGCCGGAAGAG